UAAAAAUUUUAAAGUAAUGUGACUUUUAACCAAUUAUAUUGAACAAAACAAACAUAAUUAUCCUUUUUUUUAACGGCGAAACUUUUUCUCCACACAACUCUUUUUUUCUUCUCUAAUUUUAACAAUAAUUAGUCAUGGCUACCGCUUUCUUUAGAACAAACCCAGCUCUUCUUCCUCUUUUUGUUGCUGCCGGCGCUGGUAUUUUCGGUGGUGUUGGAUAUGCUGGAUACACUUUAGCUAAAAGUCCUGAAGUUGUAGUUAAUAGAAUUUCUCCACAACAACCUUGGAAUAAGAUUAAACAACAUGAAAAUCCAAAGUUGAUCACUAUUAACAAAGAAUUCUUUGAAAGUCGUAAAGGAGUGAAAACUGCUAAUUACAAUUCAUCAACAAACGAUUCAUGAGAUAAUUUACCAUGAUGAAAUGAUGUUGUAGAUUUAGUAAAUAUUUUAUUUUUUUUUUUUGUUAUUAUGAUCU